AUGUUUGGCUUUCACAAGCCGAAAAUGUACAGGAGUUUGGACGGCUGCUGCAUCUGCCGCGCAAAGUCCUCCAGCUCCCGCUUCACAGACAGCAAGCGCUACGAGAAAGACUUCAGGAGCUGUUUCGGAUUGAGCGAAACGCGAUCCGGAGAGAUCUGCAACGCCUGCGUGCUCCUGGUGAAGCGAUGGAAAAAGCUCCCGGUGGGAACUAAGAAGAACUGGAAUCACGUGGUUGACGCCCGAGGUGGUCCCAGCCUGAAGUUGACCUCGCGGCCAAAGAAGAUCAAGUCCAUUACCAAGAAAGCCCGUCCUAGCCAGAUCAACAGGCUGCAGAAAGAGUUCAAAAGAAACAAUUCGGACGCUCACAGCACCACAUCCAGCGCUUCCCCGGCUCAGUCUCCCAGCUACAGCAACUUGUCGGACGACGGUUCGGACAGCGAGCUCAGCCAAGGGUCUGGCCGCUCGCCCGUCUUCUCCUUCUUAGACCUCACGUACUGGAAGAGGCAAAAAGUAUGUUGCGGAAUCAUCUACAAAGGUCGUUUCGGAGAAGUACUCAUCGACCCCCACCUGUUCAAACCGUGCUGUCGCAAGAAGCAGCAGCAGCAACAACAACAACGCCUCGACGAGGAGGAAGAGGACGACGAAGAAGAAGAGGAGGAUGACGACGACGUCGAGGAGGAAGAAGCGGAACCGGAGGCGACCCGGGCGGCUCCCCCGCCCGAAGCGGAGCAGCAGGCGGAGGAGACGACGGCACAGCUACGCGUCACCGUGGUGACGACGACAGAAGGGAGCUGGUAA